AUGAACAACGACACCAGCGACGCCACCAUGAGCCAAGGAUACACACCACAGACACCGACCACGGCCAGAAACAUCAAGGAUGUAGCAGCCUUGGGCCCUGACAGUGUGUACAGACCUCACCACGUCACACAUGUCUGCUUUCCAGCCCCGUCCCUCUUGUCUGCACACCAUAAGGACGCCGAAACAGUGUUUGACAUCAUGAACGCUCAUGGAAGGAACGAGGAGCGCGAGAGCGACUUCUACAGCAUGGAAAUCACCAGCAAGCCAGGUCUAAGGGGCAUUCCCGAUCUGUCGAACAAGACGACAUUGACACAACUCUUGGCAGAUAUGGCCAAAGCUACCAGCGCUGUAGGAGAAACGCUAAUUCAGGUUCAUGCGUACACACCAGCUGGACAUGAAAUCCAGAAGCAUUCUGGCGCAAUUAUCGACGAUUCACGCUUUCUCAGGAUCCAGCGGACGACAUGUCACCGCGACCUCCAAGGUAUCCUUGCUCUGCGCCGCCGCAGGUACAAAGGCCGCUACAUCGAUCUGCAACAACUGCCAGAGGGCCAGGAAUGGAUACGUGAUAUCCACGACUUGAUUGGUAUGCGCAACGACCGUGCCUAUAGACACAUUCGUGUUCGCAUGGGACGGGAUCACGCCGCGCGAGAAAGGUUCGCGGACACCAUACCUCUGCAUUUCAAAGCACCACGCUACCCGCCUUUCGGAGAGCACUUCCCGACCUUGAUCAGGACCAUCAGCUCCACUCUGCUAAGCGAAGAUGAAGCACCCGUCAAGCAUCUUUUCGGUAAAUCUUGUCUGCUAGACUGGUGUAACGCCACCGGUCCCGAAAAUGUAGGCUGUCCCACCUGUCGCGCCAAGAUCUUCACAGACGAGUCCACAAUCGCUUAUCUUAACUACGGUGUCCGUGGGCCCGACCUUAAAACCUACGAGCCAGAUCCCAGGUACACCAAUUACGAGAAUUGGGAGCGCUCCUGCGACGAUGUCGACAAGAAUCUCGCAUCUAACAACGGCGCUACCAUCGAUAUCGAGCCGGAGAUCUUGACGGAGAUCCUACAGCACUUCCUCUUCAAUGCUCGUCUGGAACCGGAGGUCUCUACACCACUACAGCUCCAGCCCGUGCAUCGGGCAGAACUUCCUAUCUUUGUCUCUGAAUUCGAGCGGACGUACCAAUAUUUCAGCGGACCUGACUACACCCACGUCGAGGAGCUGGGUUUCUGGGCGCCCGAGAAGUUCGGCACGACCGCCGCCCUCGUACAGCUCAUGAAUCGCAGGUUCGUCUCUGAAUUCGCACGACGCUUCGGGACUGUUGCCAACACGGCGGCGUACAAGGUGACGGCAUGCGAAAUGGAUAGGGAGGCGAAAGGGGAUGAGUUGGAAACCGAAUUGGCAAUGGAGAUUAGAGAGCAAGGACGGCGGCCGCCUCAUGGGAGAUUUCCUUCACGCGGACGAUCUGCGACGGUUGAUCAGGGGGAGUCUUGGCAAGUGGGAGGAAAGGGUGAGGAUGCCGUAUGGACUUUAUGA